UUUUUUGGAAGGAGAUUCAGCAGGCUGGUUUUGUCAUUGCUCUGACGUCACGCGAGUGACAACAUGAACCUGACAAGCUUGGUAUAAAAGCCGGGUUUGGAGCCAAUGUCAUGAGGACGAUCUGUGUUCAAAGUCAUCAUUGACAGCACCUUGAGUGAGUGAAAAUGCUGCACCUGGUCCAUUGUGUGUCUGUUCCUGUGCUAGUUCUCCUUGCUAUCAAUCCACUGUUCUCUUAUGGAGCCAAGUGGACCUACACUGGGCCGGACGGGGAGCAUCACUGGGCCAAGCACUACCCCUUCUGUGGAGGGGCGUUCCAGUCCCCCAUCGACUUCCAGACGCCACUCCUGAGGUACGAACCUAACCUGCCACCGGUCGAGGUGCGGAACUACAACCUCUCCCUAAACGAACAGCUUACCCUCAGCAACAACGGACACUCUGUGCAGCUGUCCCUGCCCUCCAGGAUGUUCAUAUCCAGCCUGCCUCACCGCUACUCCGCCGCCCAGCUGCACCUCCACUGGGGAUCCCCCAGCCUGCUGCCGGGCUCCGAGCACACCGUCAACGGCAAGCAGUUCGCCGCAGAGAUGCACAUUGUGCACUUCAAUUCCGACAAGUACCCCAACGUCUCCAUGGCUGUGGAUAAGUCAGAUGGCCUGGCUGUCCUGGGGGUCCUGGUUGAGGUUGGUGAAUUCAACCCAGCCAUCGACCGCUUUCUCAAAUACAUCAACGGUAUUAAAUACAAAGAUCAGAGGAUCCAAGUCCCGGCCUUCAACAUCCGAGACCUCCUGCCAGCUAUUCUGGAUCAGUACUAUCGCUACGACGGCUCCCUGACCACACCCCCCUGCUAUCCCAGCGUGCUUUGGACUGUGUUCCGGAACCCUGUCACAUUCUCAAUCCAACAGUUCCAGGCCCUGGCCUCCGCCAUGUACUCCUCCAGCGUACAGGAGUCUGCCCCAGUGCCACUGAACGGAAACUACCGGAAGCCACAGCUCGCAGACAACAGAGUUGUCCUGGUGUCUUUCCAGGAUGGCCGGGCGCAGCAUGGCGUUCUCAAAGCAGCCACUGCUCUGCGGCGGAAGCAGGUCAUCCAGCAGCUGCUGGUCGGCGACCUGGCAGAUCUGGCGGACGAGGGGCUGUACCACCUGCUGCCCGUCGUCAGCCCCAAGCCCCGGACCACCGGGAAGUGGAAAACCACAAGGAAGAGCCAGCGUGCCCACACUCCGGGCGUAAACACGCAGCGCUGGCAGCAAAACAGCUUACCAGGCGGCCGGGGCGGCGGCAGCAACGCCUACGUGCCCACAGCAGGGAAGAAAGGCACGCAGGGCGGGCACUACGCGGGUACGUACGGCAUGAGCGAGGCGGCGGCGCUGUGUUACGGCGCGCUGGAGGAGAAGGCGGCGAGGCAGCUGAGGGCCGUCCACAGCGAGGCCCAGCUGGCGCAGCUGCUGAAGAAGACCGUCCUCCCCGAGCUCAACCUCCGCAGCUACCUGGCCUGCAGGUCCGAGCUGGACCUGGACACCGUCAGGCUCCUGAUCCGCGGCCGGCCCCGUGACGAGGCCAAUGAGCUGGACCACUCGCUCACCAUGGCAACCCUGGGACACAGGAAGAAGCCACCGGUGCCGUACCGAGGGCCAACCCCGGCUUCGACUAAGAAACCAUUGAGGAACUCGCAGUCAUCAGUCCUCAAGAACCCCUACAGCAAUGCCUACAAACACAACCGAAUUCAUCCCUUUGAAUGGGAAGACUAGCGCUAUGAGAUGCUACAGGAAGUGAGUGAGAUGCUACAGGAAGUGAGUAGCUACUGUGGGGUUCAGCAAUGCUCUUUGGCAUGGAGGAGACUCGUGUCACGUGUGAAGCACAACACGGCAGACAUGAGUGCAGGUAUUCUAGCACACAACCCAGCAACAAGAGAUCUAGGUUAAAGCUUUCUAUCUAUUUUUCUAUUUAUAUAGCUUGCAUUGGGCUGGGGUACCAUGCUAUGUAGAAAACAUGAAUUUAGCCUCAUAGAUGACAGAAGUAGCUUGCCCCUUUUUUCACUGUUCCAGUGCUUCUUGCUAAGACAAUGGGUUGCACACACACACAUACACACACACACACACACACACACAC